UGUGUCAGCCAUAGUCGCGGUGCAUUGUGGGGAGGUUGUGGUCCUCCAGCGGCUCGGUUCGGAAUAAUGUCUGCCUCGGAGGCAGUGGAUGGUUCUUCCCCGGAGUUAUGCCCGAGCUUCGCCGUGAUCUGCUCGUUUCUGGAGCGGUAUGGAGCUCUGCUGGACCUGCCGGAGGUGUCGUUCCCGGCGCUGGAGCGCAGUCUGCAGGAGAGCAGCGCGGUACCAAAACUUCUUGUGGACCUUCACGUGAAGUUACUGAGGAAAAUUGGCAAGUCCGUGUCUGCAGACAGAUGGGAGAAGAAUCUCAUUAAGAUCUGUCAGGAGUUUAACACCACAUGGGCAUGGGAGAUGGAAAAGAAGGGUUAUCAAGAGAUGACAGUGGAGUGUAAGACAGGAAUACUGAAGUACUUGUGCGAAUGCCAGUUUGAUGACAAUGUCAAGUUUAAAACCACUAUCAAUGAAGAGGACCCGGAUAAAAUGCGUCUUCAGCCCAUCGGCAGAGACAAAGAUGGCCUCAUGUACUGGUUCCAGCUAGAUCAAGACGAUAAUGUGAGGGUCUAUGUGGAAGAACAGGAUGAUCUGGAUGGGUCAUCCUGGAAGUGUAUAGUAAGAAAUAGAGAUGACCUAGCUCAAAUCCUUGGUCUGUUGAAGACUCAUAUUGAUCCAGCACUUUUGGUAAAGAAGGAUCAGGAGGAGGGCUCAUCUAGUAACAGUCCAAACCCAGACAAUGAAGAGAAUAAGAAGAAAGAGGGAGCUGAAGUGGAAUUCAGAGAUGAGAAGUCACAAAAUGAUUUAUCCACAUCUGAAAAUAAGGAAAACAUCUUGGAGAAGGACAAUGCAAAGCAAGAAGAUGCAGAGACCACAGAUGCUUUGUUGGAAAAAGGCUUGAAGGUGAAGGAAGAGCUGCAGAAACAUUCGGAGACGGCAAAUGGCACUGGCGUUAUUACUGGAUCGAUCAAAGAAGAGCCACAGGAUGAGGAGGAGAAAGCCAAGGACUUGUCAACACCUUCACAAAAUGCGGAACAGACAGAGGACGUGAAAAGAAAAACUUUAGAAGAGACUCAGAGAGCUUUGAAAAAUGACCAUCAAGCUAAAAUCCCCCUGAAAAAGCGGGAAAUGAAUCUAAGUGAAGACUUCGACAGCAACAGCACGGGAGUACGAAAUGCUCCUGUCGCUCCGGUGAAAGAAUCACGGACAUGUUUUGAUGACAGCAGAUCGAGUGCUGAAAAGAUCAACGGCCAUGUCCCUCACUUUACACCAUCUGAGAGUGAAACGCAAAAAGGGUCAGAGAGUCUUCAAAAAGAAAGCACAGAAGAGAACAAGUCAGAAAAUCUCCCUCUUGUUUCAGAUAAAUCCAGAGAGAGAAAGGAUGACCAGACAGAAGAGAAGAUGGACACAAAUGAAAGCAGAUCUUGUGCUGAAGAGCAGAUGGAAGUGGAGAAGCCUGAGGAAUCCUGUGCUGCCAUUGCAGAAGAGAACAAGGAAAAAUUUGAAACUUCUCAAUCUCACGAAAAGACCCCUGGAGAAGAAAAGCCCUCAUCAGUAAGUGAACAGUCAGAAAAGACACCUGGUUCUGAAGAAGUGACUGACAAUAAAAAAUCUCCCAAUAGUGACAAUAUGGAUGCUACUGAAGUAAAUACAUCAACACUGCCUGAAGAAUCAAUGAAAGAUCUCCCAAACAAAGAGUCAACAAAAGAUCUUGCAAGAGACGAGUCAGUGAAAAUUCCCUCAAAAGAUGAGCCAGCAAAAGAUCAGUCGAUGAAACAUCUCUCAGAAGAAGAGACAUCAAUUGAAAAGUCAACGGAAGACUUCUCGAAAGAAGCAAUGAGAGAUCUCCCAAACACAGAAUCAUCAAAAGAUUUUGCAAGAGAAGAUUCGAUGAAAGAUCUUCCAAAAGAUGAGUCAGCAAAAGAAGAGUCGAUUAAAAAUCUCUCGAAAGGAGAGACCUCAAAAGAAGAGUCAAUGAAAAACCUCCCAAAUGAACAAUCCAAGAAAGAGGAGUCACAGAAAGUUCUCACAGAAGAAAGUCAGAAAUCUCCCAAAGACUCAUAUAAAGACCAUGAAAAACCAGAUCCAACUGCUUCCAUGCCGAUGGAAACUGAGCCAUUCCAGUCAUCUAAAACAGAGGAGUCCUCUUCCCAUGAAGUAAUCAAACCACAUUCUGGCACAGAAAAGCCAGAGAACACUGAAGAAACCAAACCUCAUCACAGCUCUGCAGACACCACCACAGAAAAAGAACUAACUGCCAUUGUCUCAAAAACUGAAAAACAGUGUAUGUCUGAAGGAGACAAACUCUCAACCAAUGGAGAAAGUGAGUCCAUUGCCUCUAAACCUUCUGAAGAUUCAGAUGGCCCUCAAGUCAAAGCACGAGAGCAGUCUGCCUCCCCUAAGUCAGCAUCAAGUGAUCUUGAAAAAUCAUCUGUUUCUGAUUCGACAAAUAAGCCAAGCACACUAAAAACCACAGAGAAAGUAGACAGUGAGGAAAAAUGUGAUACAGCUGAAACUGAUAAAAAUGAGAAUUUGGAAACGUCAAAAGACAUGGAUGAAAAGGGUGAAGCUGCAAACAGCUCUGAAGAAUUUGCAGUGAAAAAAUCAGAGGAAGUUAAAGCUACAGAACAACCCAAUGAAUCCAACAGUUUGGAGAAACCUUCCUCUGAUAGAGAACAUGAAAAGGAACCCGAUUCAGAGGAAGGGAACAAAGAGAAGCCAAUGGAAGUUAAUUCAGAGAUCAGUAAAGCUAAUACAAUUCAGUCAGCUGUUGAAGAGGGAUGUGAUAUUACAACAGCAAGUAAGAAGGAAACUGAUGUUCCUGUAGAUCAAGACACCACCUCAAGCAAACAAUCUAAGCAAGACACAACUUCUGAAGAACGUGAUGCUGCUGUGAAAAGCAGUAAAAGACCAGGGCGGCCUCCAAAGAAAGCUCAGGAAAGUCAGGAUGAGGAUAAAACAGGUGAUGAACAAGAAGAAAUGGGAAGACAGGAAGGGAUUCGCAUGAAGAUCAGAAUCCCAGCUCAUAGACGGAAGGCAGAACUUCAGAGAGAAGAGGUGAGGGGAGAUUCAGAGUCUGAGGUGACUGAUGGCAGGUGCUUGAGGAGAUCUCCGAGAAUCUGCAGACCCACCGCUAAAGCUGUAGACAUCCAGGACAGGAGGGCAGAACGGAAGCAGGCGACUCCGGUGUUAGAGAAAGAAAAGGAUGACAACGAAGACAAAGAGGAUGAGGAUAUUGUACAGAGGAAACCAAGGAAAGCUGAGCCAGAUGGCCAAACAAAACCAAAGCAGGUGGGGAGACGUCGGAAACGACAGCCAUGGUCUCGCAUGAGACGUAAAAAGAAAUGUUCUGACGAGGAGAGUGAGAGUGAGGAAGAGGAGACAGAGGAGGAUGACAGUGACGAAGACUACAAGGUGGAGAAGACCAGGAAGAGAAGGAGAAACCGAAACCAAGAGAGGAACAGCUCUGACUCCUCUACCUCUUCAUCAGAAGAUGAUGAACCCAAUGACGACCCCUGCAAACACUGUGGCCUUCCCAACCAUCCCGAGCUGAUACUCCUGUGUGAUUCCUGUGACAGCGGCUACCACACUGCCUGCCUGCGGCCUCCGCUCAUGAUCAUACCAGAUGGGGAAUGGUUCUGCCCCCCCUGCCAGCAUAAGCAACUUUGCGACAGGCUUGAAGAGCAAUUGCAGAAUUUGGAUGCAGCCCUUAAAAAGAAAGAACGUGCAGAGUGGAGGAAAGAGCGACUGAUGUAUGUUGGCAUCAGUGUAGAGAACAUCAUCACACCCUCUGUGGAAGUGAAGGAAGAAAAAGAGGAGCUGGUGAAAGAGAAGAAUGUUGUGAAGAAGAGCAAAAGAUGGGGACGGAGAUCAACCAGGGCCAAGAAAUACAUAAGCUACAGAUUUGAUGAGUUUGAUGAAGCGAUCGAAGAGGCAAUCGAGGAAGACAUUAAAGAGGCAGAGGGUGGAGGAGCAGGCCGUGGGAAGGACAUGGCGAACAUCACAGGCCACAGAGAGAAGGACAUGUCCACCAUCCUACAAGAGGAUGGGAAGGAGAACGGGCGGCCGCGGCGAACCAGUGCAGCUCAGAAGAAGCGGCGGCGUCUCAACGAUCUAGACAGCGACAGCACAGUGGACGAAGAAGAGAGCGAAGAUGAGUUCCGUCUCAGUAACAGCAGUUCGGAGGAUGAGGAGUUUGUGGCCUCUGAUAAUGAGGCAGAGAGCGAAGCAGAAGUCCCUUCCUAUGAGGACAGUGACUUCGGGAGUGAUGCUGCCCGCCCGCGGAGGAGACAGCCGCCGCGCAGGAGACGCAGACCUAGAGGAUACUCUGAUGAGGAGGAGCUGGAAACUGACGAAGAGGAGGAAGAGGAGAUGGUGACGGAAGGCUCUAGUGAAUUCAGUGCCAGCGAUCUGGAUGUCCGCUGUCGGCGGUCCUAUCGGAGUCGUAAACAAGAGGUGAAUUACUGUGAAAGUUCAGAUUCUGAUGGCUCGCAGGCCAGCACCAACAAAGACAAAAAGAAGAAACUAAGACGUCUUUCCAGCUCUGAUAGCGAAGUUAGUUUCCAGUCAGCUGAAUCUGAUGAAGAGGACAGGAAGCCCAAGAAGAUAAGAGCAGACUCAUCUGAGGAAGAAUCCAGGAAACGUCGCAGACGCCUAUCCCUUAAACGCCGGAGGGAGUCGGAGGAUGACGAUGAUGAUGACGAUUCAGACGAAUCCGAGGAAGAGGAGCGGCCCAUCCGGAAGCGCGUGAACCGCAUCGACUCUGACGACAACGAGAGUGAAGAGGAGGUGAAGAAGAGCCCGUCGGAGAAAGAGACAGAGGAGACUGUUGGCAAAGGGCCCAGUCCACUGGACUACAACUUAGCGGAGCUUCCUCCCACUAACGGACAGAGCCCGAUGAAGAGUUUGGAGGGUCUCAUGCCCCGACCCGGGGUGGGAGUGAUGCCUAAAAACGUCAACGCCCCAUCAGCUGUAUCCAUAGCGCCGAAUGGCAUGGAGAUUGCUGCGCAGGACGAAGAUGAAGACGACCUUUUGGGCGUCACAGACCUCGUAGACUAUGUAUGCAACAGUGAACAGUUAUAACCUGGUAUUCUUUUUCUUGUUUAAACAUUUUAGUCCUUUUUUUCCGACGCUCAUUCUGUUUUCACCAGUCAGCACGGAUCACGUCAACAGUCCCUGUUAAUCAUGCCAGCAGAACAGAUCAGGUGGCACAUUAAUAAUAGCUGUAAAUAUUUUACUGCGCAAAAGUAUCAAGGGAAGAACAGUGCAAUCCUUCCAAGAGACACUCCCUGAGAUAUUCCUUCUAAAGUAACGUUUUCGUUCGAUAAGAGUGAUCACUCUCAAACACACCCUCUCUGGAAACAACCUCUAAAACCUCUUUUUACACUAAUCACACAGCCAUGCUCACACUCACAUGUCUGACGUAGAGACAUUUGUCGAGUUUACGUGCAUUUGAUCUCCACUGCUGUCAGUUUACAGCGAGAACCGGAAUUGGGUGGAGUCUUAAUUUUAGUGAAGUUCCAGACAUCGCUAAGUAUCUUUAUUGUUCAUUUCCACUCCAACGCCAUUUUUAAACAUUCAUCUUUUAUAAUCUAAUUGGAGUGGAAGUUGAAUUUCUACCGAUUGGUUUCAUAGUGUUAAUUGGUGGGGAAAAAAUUUUUUUAUUAGGUGAUGUCAUUAAAAGCUUUGUUUUUGUUAUACUAUUUAUUAUAAAAUUGUCAUUUGUACCUGAAAUUAUCGCUUGGUUGUACAGCUGCUCACACCAUUAGAGCAAAAGAUUCCUGGAAGUUUCUAAGAGAUGUCUAAUGGUGGAAAAUUGCUCAUAUACUUAUGCCAACAUACUAAUACAUUCUGUUGCUUUGGACUGUUUCAGCGCCACAUUUUGAUUUGAAUUCAAACACUAUUUACUCUGGCAGCUUUUCAAUGCAUCAAAUGCCAAAUCUUCCACUCGAGGAUGAUAAAAUGCUGAGGACUCUGACCCACACCGAUGCACGGUUUGUUUCUCCUUCCUUGAAGUUUAGUGCUUUUCAUCUCAUUUUAAUGCAGAGGGAUUCUUCUUUGCCCAUCAUGUCCUGCUUAUUUCUGUUUCAGUGCACUAUAUUCAUUUUCUUUAUGUGAAUAUAAUCAUUGUAAUGUUUUCCUUUUGUUUUUAAGCAUACUAAUGAUGUGUAUGAUUUCUUUGUCCUUCAUCAAUUACAAAGCAAUACAUUUUUCCUACAAGACAUGCAGGAAGAGAUCCAUCAUCUCCUGCUUUUGUCUAUUUUUUUAAAGAAAAAAUUCAUGUUGCUGCUGACAUUCAAAUGAUUUCCGACCUUU